AUGCGUGUGCUGGGACUUGGGACGGACAUUGUGAGCGUGGCGAGAGUGGCGGCGACGGUGGGGCGGACAGGCGGACGGUUUGUGCAGCGAGUGCUGACGAGCAACGAGCUGCAGGAGUACUCGGCGAGGCUGUCCGAGGUUGGCGAACACGGCGCGCAUCAGUACCUCGCUGCCCAGUGGGCGGCCAAGGAGGCGGUCUACAAGGCACUGGGCGGCGAGUCGGUGGUGGUGUGGAGGGAUGUCGAGGUCCUGCGGGCGCCAUCGGGCGCGCCUACUGUCACCAUCCCCGACGACGUUGUUACCGAUCGCGGCAUCGACUCUGUCCUCAUCUCGCUCUCGCACGAGGAGAGCCACGCCGUGGCCACAGCCAUUGUCCAGGGCCGCCGCACUGCGUGA